CCGGGCGCGGCCGGAAGGGCGGGGCGGGGAGGCUCGGUGGCGGGCGCUAUGGCGGGCAGGCGCGGGGCGCUCAUCGUGCUGGAAGGGAUGGACCGCGCCGGCAAGAGCACGCAGGGCCGCCGGCUGGUGGAGGCGCUGCGGGCGGCCGGCCACCGCGCCGACCUCCUCUGCUUCCCGGAGAGAACAACCGAGAUUGGGCGGCUCAUCAGCUCGUACCUAGAGAAGGAGAAGAACCUGGAGGAUCACGCAGUUCACCUGCUUUUCUCUGCUAACCGUUGGGAACACGUGCCAUUGAUGAAAGACAAAUUACAUCAAGGAAUCACGCUUGUGGUAGACAGAUAUGCCUUUUCUGGAGUGGCCUUCACAAGUGCCAAGCAGUUCUCUUUGGGACAGAACUUCUGCCUGGACUGGUGCAAACAACCUGAUGUUGGACUCCCAAAGCCAGAUUUGAUUCUGUUUCUUGAGUUAAGCCCAGAGGAAGCAGCAGUGCGAGGGAACUUCGGGAAUGAACGUUAUGAGAACAGCUCCUUCCAAAAGAAAGUUCUACAGUCCUUCUAUCAUCUGAUGAAAGACAAGACAUUAAACUGGAAGACAAUGGAUGCUUCAAAGAGCAUAGAAGACUUGCACAUAGAAAUUAAGUCUGUUGCAGAGAAAACCAUGAAGGACAUUCAGAAUAAACCUCUAGGAGAACUCUGGAAAUGAAACUUGAUACAGGCUAUUAUCUUCUAUACCUAAGGGAAAACUCACCUUCUGCAUCUUCCAUGGUAGGAUGACUUCCCUGCAUCACCUCCCAGUAACUACAGUGCAGAUCACUUAUAUUCUCGUGUGUCCCAUAUGAUGCUAGAGUCCUUGUGGUUUUAUCUGAUUCUCCUCUCCCUUCUGCAUUGUCCCUUCUGUAUUUGUAAAUGCGCAUGUUAUCUUUCCUCAUGAAAACCUCCCUACCUCAGGUAGGGUCUCUUCUGUUCUCAGCAGUGCUCAGUGCUGUAGUGCAGAUAAGGGUACUGAGUCCAAAGCUCUUCCUGGGACAUGCAUAGCAGCAACAGGUGGGGAACAACUUUCUUGUACAUGACAUUUCAGAAAACUACAAUGUUUUUGAUUAUUCUGCCUCUUUAAUGUAAUGUAUACCCUGUGCUGAAACCAGUUUAUAGAGAACUUGCUAAUAAAUUAUUUUUUUUAAA